CUCCGGAACUGGAGGCGGAUACGAGCCUGACCUGUGGUGGACGCACAAAUGAAGAUGUCAGAUGCACAAGCGCAUCGGUUGUGUUUGUUGCUUUUUGCUUUGGUUUUCCGUCCCGGGACAGCGGCAGAGGUCUCCGUAUGGAGCGUUGACAUCAACUCGACAAAAGAUGCUGUGUUUCGGAAGACGCUGUACGCCAACACCACCAUCUUUAUGAAGUUCCAGGGUGACACGGGGUCAUGUGAUAGAAACCUGGCUUUCAACAUCAGCUGGUACCUGCGCUCCUCUGUCUGCUAUAAUGAAGUCUUUAACACACCAGACAGCAAAGCGAUGAACAUGUUUGGUAUGGACCACAUGUUGAAAGACGGCUGGACGGGCUUCUACAGCCAAGGCUACAUGUACUUCGACAACUGCUCCGUCCUCUUCUUACCGAAGGUUUAUUAUGCAGAUUUCAACCCAUAUCAGCCUCUGUCCAGCCCGAAGAGCGACCCGUCAAAUCAGAGCCUUAUUUGGCCCGACAAGCCGGACAUCAGCGCCGUGGCCAAAGCCUGGGAGGACAGUCCAUACCUGUUCAUAGCGAAGGUGCAGCCAUUGUUCCGCGGAGUCGAGGAUGACGACAUCGGGGCAGAGCAGCUCAACUUUGCUUUUACAAUGAAAGUAGAGAUGAAGGGACCACAUGACUACUCCUCUCCAGCAGACUGGCCCCUGAUGAUGUUCUUCAUGGUCAUGUGUAUCGUGUACGUGCUGUUCGGGACUCUCUGGCUCUUCUGGUGCGCCUGCUAUUGGAGGGAUCUGCUUCGGAUCCAGUUCUGGAUCGGUGCCGUCAUCAUCCUCGGCAUGCUGGAGAAAGCUGUGUUCUACUCAGAAUACCAGAGCAUCCGUUACAAAGGAGACUACAUUCAAGGUGCUGUGAUUUUUGCUGAGCUGCUCUCUGCUCUCAAAAGAUCUCUAGCUCGAAUCCUGGUCCUCAUUGUCAGUCUUGGCUACGGCAUAGUCAAGCCCAGGUUGGGUACCACAGUGCACCGGCUGGUAGCUGUCGGCCUUCUCUACCUGCUCUUCUCCUCUGUGGAAGGUGUGCUGAGAGUGACGGGUGGUUUCUACGGGACGGUUGCUCUCGUGGCGAAUCUCAGCCUCUCUCUCAUCGAUUCCUGUGUCAUGUGGUGGAUUUUCAUCAGUCUGUCCCAAACCACUCGUCUCCUGAAGCUCCGCAGAAAUGUAGUGAAGCUCUCUCUGUAUCAGCACUUCACCAACACUCUCAUCUUCUCUGUUGUCGCUUCCAUCAUAUUCAUCAUCUGGACCACCAAAGUCUUCAAGCUGGUGGACUGCCAGACGGGUUGGAGGGACUUGUGGGUAGACGAUGCCUUCUGGCGUCUGCUGUUCUCCACCAUACUGCUGGUCAUCAUGGUGCUGCUGCGGCCCUCUGCCAACAGCCAGAGGUCAGGAUUCUCCCAUUCCCCUCUGAUUGACGAAGAUGAUGAAGAGGAGGAGGCCAAGGAACCUAUGUUGAAUGAAGCUUUUGAGGGAAUGAAGAUGAGAGGGUCAAAGCCUGAUACUAACGGCUCCCAGAAAUUGUUGAGCAAAGAGGAUGAAGACCUAAAAUGGGUAGAGGAGAACAUCCCUACAACUGUUGCUGAUGUAGCUCUCCCUGUAAUGCUCGAUGAAGAAGAGGAAAUCCUGAAAACCAAGAUGGAGCGAUCCAAGAUGGAGUAGAACUUCUGUACGGACUGAAAAUGUGAGAUAAUGAUGUGAGAAUGAAAAGAAAGCAAUUUCACUGAGGCAGCAAUGAAUGCAUUCUGAGUGAUCUGAUUACCAAAAAAUGUGGGCAAAGCCAACUGUUCUCUCAGUCACUUAAGAUUUUUUUUUUUUAAUGUUAUUUCACAAGUAUUGUGUGACACGGUAAUAAUAAUAAUGAUAAGCUCAAAGAAGCAUGAGUGAGUUAUAAAGCCACAGGGCAGCCCUGAGCUGGAUGGGAUGGCUGUUAACGUUAAUACGAGCAUUUUGAGACUGGGGUAAAACUGGAGAAAUUACACAGCAGAGCACUUUGAUAAAGAUUUUAUCUAUUUCAUAGCUGCUGAGUCUCUGCUUCACUGUCACAAACUUGGCCAAAAUCAAGCAGAAACACGUUUUUUUUCUGCAACGCCCUUGGCGAAAAUAGAAUUUUUAUCAAAAUGCUGUCCUGCGGUUUUCUCUUUAUUAAUCUCUUAAUAACAUUUACUGUAUUGGAGUGUGUGCUUUCUGGAGUACUGAGGAGAAGAUGAAAACAUUUGAUAAGAUAUUAAGUUUCUGCCCAAGGGGUCAAACUUGUAGGAGCAGGAAGACUAACUUGGAAUCUGUUCGGGUGCAUAUCAGGAUGUUUGGCAGUCAUUACAGCCAAAAUAUCAGAUGAUACUAAUGGAGGGGAAAACACACACUGAGAACACCAAUACCAUAAGAUUAGAUUUAAAACAACACAGCAUCUAACACUUGAACUUAAAGGUUAUGUUCAGAGAUGUAAAAAAAAAAUGCUUUUUUUAAGCAUGUGUUUUAUUAUGUUACAUAUUUAAUAAGUCACAUGAUGGUGUACAUGUAAACGAGAAAGUAGCCAUAUGAUAUGAUUAAUCAUUUAGCCAGAUAACUUUCAAAAAAAAAAGAAGCAAUGUUUAAAUUAUAUAACAUAUGCACAUAACUAACCCUUUGUUGUUUGGCUAAUUGAGUAAUCCUGAAUAUACAAAUAUAAAAGCCACUGUUACUGUAUGUAAACACGGCUGCAUCAGUGACUGUUGAUACUUGAAGCAUAUCACUGUUGUCAGGGGGAAACAGAAUACUUCUGUGUGUCUUGUGUUCACUGGAGCACGCUGUCCGCUGGGCUGGGAGAAAGUAAUGACCCUCUCAGGCAUGAACGGAUCUCAAAGCCUGGUAUAUAUAUAUAUACAUAAAUAUACAGUGUCAACAGAACUGUCUGUUACUCCGGAUCACCUUCUCUGAGAUGUGAUCUUUAAACGGAUCUGUUAAAGCAACAGAAAGUAUGACUCCAGUAUUGGUGAUUUUCAAGCUCGUGCUGAAAAAUGAAAGACUGGAUGACCCUUAUAAAAUAUGUUCCUGGUCCGUUUUCAAGCAUAAGUAGUCUAAAGUUAAUGAUGUUUUUCUGUUUUUUUUUUUUAAGUGAAGACACUUUCUCACAUAACAGCAAUGGUUUAGGUCUAUCUCAUGUUGUUGUCACCACACCAAAGUGAAAACUUUUUUUUUUUUGUUGCUACUGAAUCACAGAAUCCAUCGAUAAGCCUUGCAGAUGUGGUGUAGGCCUAAAUUUAAGUGUGCAUCUGUGAUUUACUCUAUUUGUAUCCCUUUCUCACUCCCCUUCCUUUAACAGGACCAGGGUUUUAUAAAGGUCCUCACUCAAAUUCAGUAGCACAGGGUAGUUUAAAAAUUCAAUUAAAUAUUGUACAUGAUCAGUAAGUAAUUUUUUAUCUAAGCAUAGUUACAGAUUCCUUUGAGCCUGCCCCAUUCACACUGCAAAAUAACCUUGCCUUAUAUGGCAGAAUUAUACUCUCAUCCUUGUGCAAUCUACUGCAGUAUGUGUGGAUAUUCUAAAUUCCUUAAUUUAUGUUUUUUUUUUUUAUGUGUCCAAGUCUUGUCAAGGAUAUUUUAUUUUAGAGAGACACUCAAGCCCGUUUUCUGAAUGUGAGUCUGCAUUGUAAUGUGAAGCUGAUGAUAUUGUAUGGCUUUUUGCAUAAUGUCCUGCAAUAAAAUUUAUAUUGAAAGAUGGUUAAAA